UCUCUCUCUCUCUCUCUCUGAUGUAGUUAAACUUUAUCUUGUCUGCAAUGCAUGGUUUGGUUUGGUUUGAUUGUCUUUCAUGAAGUGACGUGCCAGUUAUUUUAAAUUAACUUUUUACUUAAAAAAUGUUUCUUUAAACUUAAGAGAGAACCUUUGAAAGGAAGCAUGUGGAAUAUUCAGCAAGCCAAGUAGAUCAGGUAGACUUGAUCGACUGGUUUCUGGCUGUUUUCAGUAGGAUGGGUGUAGUACAGUGAGUCUUAUCUGUAGUCUAUUUAUCAGAGGGCAGGCUGUUCUCUCUAAGUGGGGAUUUCACCGCUGACCCUCUGCCAAUAUUGAUCUGUCUAAAACAAACAUGAAUCUCCAACCAAAACAUGACAUUGAAGUUUAGACUUUAAAUAUUAUCAGAUUUAUAUGUGAAAAUUUUUCAAGUGGAUAAGUGUACGUGUGCUCCACUACAGACCACAACAGAACAACCUGCUUAUGUAUAUAUUCUCUCUUACAGGAGUACCCGUGCUAUUCUUUAAACAAACACAGAGGAACCACCAGGUUCUAGACACAAACCUACACACAUAUUGACACAGGUACACACGUUCAGGCACAUACGCCCGUUCAUCCAGACAACAAAUAUGGACUGCUCCAUGGCCCUCCUGGUGUCCUCUCUGCUGGCACUGUUCAGCGUGGGGGCGGGAGCUUCACUCUCAUUGCAUGUAGUGAGAACCAAGGUCAAAGACCUGGCUCAAACCAUGGUGAUCAGGAUCAAAAAGGUAAUAUAUCUAUCUAUCUAUCUAUCUAUCUAUCUAUCUAUCUAUCUAUCUAUCUAUCUAUCUAUCUAUCUAUCUAUCUAUCUAUCUAUCUAUCUAUCUAUCUAUCUAUCUAUCUAUCUAUCUAUCUAUCUAUCUAUCUAUCUAUCUAUCUAUCUAUCUAUCUAUCUAUCUAUCUAUCAGUCAUCCAGUCAGUCAAUCAUUAGUGUACUGAUUUAUGCAGUCUUUAGCUUGUUGAUAAUUAAACUUUAAAAAACAGUGUGUACAUGAAUCGUAUUUAAUCACAUUUCUCUCUUCCUCCAGCUGGAUAUAUCUCCUAACCUAAUCGAGGGUGUGGACUCAUUUCUCCCUGCGGCUGCAGUAGAUCAGCCUAUAGAAGGCCUGCCUUCCAUAGUGGAGACCAUGGGGUUCUACCAGGACCUACUGCUCUUCCUAGACUCGGCAGACCUCAAACAGCUGGUGGAAGACGCCUCCACUAUGAGGGGUCUGCUGGAGAACUGGAUGAUGUCACACUGCUCAGGCCGCCAGCAGAAACAGACAGGAGAGGGAGGGCUGUCGGAGGCUCUGAAAGACACUACCAGGAAGUAUGGUCUGAGCGUGGGUCCAGUGGCGCUAAACAGACUCAAGGGCUACCUCGGUCGGUUACUGCUGAACCUGGAUCAGCUGAAUUACUGUUACUAAGGUUGAUCAUCACUGAGCAACUGAACUCAGAUCAGUUUGUGCCAUGCUGAACAACUGUUACUGACAAUGACUGUCACUGAGUAACUGAACUAUGAUCAACUCGUGAUCUGCUGAAAACCUAGAAUGAGUUGAAGCAAGACUGGACAGUGGGGUCAUGGUGUCUGAAGAUUCUCCAAGAUUUAGAUAAUCCUUUCUGACCACUGUCAACUAAGUUAUUAAGACAUUUUAUAUUGUAUUAUUUAGACAAGGACUGUAGCUUUAUUUAUAUUUAUUUCUAUGAAGAGAAAAAUAAGCAGCUUUAUUUUGUAGCAUUAUACACCCGUCAGUCAAUGGCACAGGAGGAAGUGUUUACUUAGCAUUAAAUCAGCUGUAAUGAAGAAUGUACACACACACACAUGUUGAAAAAUGCUGCCUGCUCCAGUGAGGACUAGACUGCCUGUGUGUAGUGAUGUCAUCAUACUCACAGAGAGGUUUUCCUGAAAGCUAAGACAGCCUCUGCCAGGAAACCAGAUGUUUUGAUGUUAGAGCAGUGACAGAGAGUGAAGGUGUGGGAGAGAGGGGGUGCAAGAUGGGUUCUCAAUGACAUUCCAAGAUGGGUUCUCAAUGACAACGUUACAGUGCAUUGAGAUAGAAAUGCAUUGUAUAGAACACAUAUGAUUGUCUGUCCGGAAGAGCAGGGAGUCAUGUCAGCUCUAUUUCAUUACAUUUCUAUCUACAACGUUCUGAAUAUGAUGCCUCACUGAACACAUCCCAACUCAUUAUCUUCUUGACAGUAUUAGCAUUUAUGUCAGCAGCAUACCACCAUGCAAAUCACUGCUGGCUUGCCAAUUAAGCUAAGCAGGGUUGGUUCUGGUAGGUCCCUGGAUGAGAGACCAGAUGCAGCUGGAAGUGGUGUUGGAGGGCCAGUAGGAGGUACUCUUUCCUCUGGUCUGAAAAAAGAUCCCAAUGCCCCAGGGCAGUGAUUGGGGACAUUGCCAUGUAUAGG